AUGCUGCCCGCCGACUGCUCGCGCAGGCUGGUGGCCGAGCUGCAGGGUGCCUUGGACGCCUGCGCAGAGCGACAGCUGCAACUGGAGCAGAGCCUGCGCGUCUCUCGUAGGCUGCUGCGGACCUGGGAACCAGCUGGGACCUUGGCUCCAGAGGCACGUCUAGAGCCAGAAACUAAAGAAGAGGAUCACUCUCCAGCAUGCACACCCGGCCCCCAAGACCUCAAGGAGCUGGAACUUCUGACCCAGGCCCUGAAGAAGGCUGUUCUGGCACGAAAAGUCACUUCUAAGGCUGGAGAAAGAGCCAAGGCCCCCAGCCUGAAAUCCGGGUCCUUUGCCACCUCUCCUGGCAUGACAGCCUCUACCCCAUCCUGGGCCCCAGGCCAGGCUGGCAGCUGCGCAUCAGAGGCAAAACCCACUAGAGGCAUCCGCCAGACCACAGUGCCUGCCAAGGGCCACCCUGAGCGCAGGCUCCCCUCAGCUGGGAAUAGGGCCCGUGUCGGGGUAGGAGCCCGAGCCACCAGGCCUGGGCCAGGCCUCAGGGACCAACAUGUGGCCCUAUCAGCUGCUCCUGAGGCCCCAGAAUCCUUCACACUCAAGGAGAAGGGGAGCCUGCUGCAGCUGCCUACAGCCUUCAGGAAGGCGGCUUCUCAGAACUCCCGCUUGUGGGCCCAGCUCACCUCUGCACAGCCCAGGGAUUCCACAAAUGCCACCGCCGCCGCCAAAACCUAUUUCCUCCAGCAGAUGCAGACAGCCUCAGGCCGGCCUGGCCCGGUGCUCAGUGCUGCGGAGGUGGAGGCUGAGGUGGGGCGCCUGCAGGAGGCCUGCUCACUGCUGAGACUGCACAUGAAGGAGGAGCUCUCUGCGGCCCCCACUGACUGGACGCAGGAGUACCGCUGCCUGCUCACCCUGGAGGGGCUGCAGGCUAUCGCCGGACAGUGUCUCCACAGGCUGCAGGAGCUGCAUGCAGCCACAUCUCCUGUCCACGAAUCCCUGGCAGAGCAGCCUGUGGCGCCGUGUCCUGUUGGGAGGCCCUCCAGGGCCCCACCGCCCUGUGGAGGUGGAGCAGGCCCCUUCUGGAGCCCCCAGCUGCUCCUCUACUCCAGCACCCAGGAGCUGCAGACCCUGGCGGCCCUCAGGCUGCGGGUGGCCAUGCUGGACCAGCAGGUACACCUGGAAAAGGUCCUAAUGGCUGAACUCCUGCCCCUGGUGAGCUCCCAGGAGCCGCCCUCGCUGGCCCUGUGCCGGGCUGUGCACAGCCUGCUCUGCGAGGGGGGCGAGCGCUUCCUCACCGUCCUGCACGAUGACCCUGCAGAUAGCCCUCCCCCCAUGCCCGGGCCUCAGGACCCCAUCAGGGAGAAUCCCCUCCUCCCUGAACUGUACUCAGCUCAUCAGAGACACAAAAGCCGUAAGCCCGUGUCGGAGAGUGAGCCAGUCUCUGCCCACAGCCACCUAGCCUGCUUCCUGCGGUCUCCUGGUGCCCAGGUCCAGCACUUCCUCCUGGCGCUGGUGCUGUGGCAGAGGGCGUUUGCCCAAGGAGGACAGGAGCGCUAUCCCCCUCUACCCGUGGCCAGGCCCUGGUGGGAGCUCAGUGGUCAUUGGCUCAACGAUCCGCUAUCCCGGGGCCAGUCCAAGGCACUGGUGGUGUUCUGCGGAUCAGUGGGGGCGCGCCAGAGCCUUCUCGGGCAGGAAGACGCCCUGGAUAGCUUUGGGCUCGCGCGCCCGGAGUCCCCCGGGGCCCUGCGCGCGCUGCUCUUGGCCACCGGUGGCGCGGGGGGCUCGUGGCCGCGCUGUGUCCUGCCGUUCGGUGCCGUGGCCGUACUGGCCGGUGCCGCCGCCAUGGCCAUGGCCAUCACCUUCUCGCUGCGCUGGCCCCGCCUGGACCUGGCCCAGGGCGCGUCGCUGGCCGCGCUCGGCGCGGGCCUCCGGCUCCUGACCACCGCCUUUCUGUGCCGGCGCGCGAGGCCCCCGCCCAUCGCGGUCACGCUCGUCUGCCCUCUCUGCAGCAGGGAGGAGGCGGCGGCCCGGGGACCCCUGGCCCCGCCCGCCCACAACCCUUCCCGGGAGGCCGGGAGACCUGCUCUGCCUGGCCCUUGGUGGGCCCAGCGGGAGGACGGGCCAACAUACCCGCUGCUGCACUCGGCCCGGCGUGCCGCUGCUGCUCCCACCUCUGGGCCCUGGCUGGGGCCGCCCGGGCAGCACUGA